CAUCAAAACUGGCCACAUAAAAUGUGACCAAAUUCGAGCUCGCUCCGCGAGUCGCCGUAAAAAACAAUUGCGAAAUUACACAAGAAACUAAACAAAUAAAAGCGGAAAAUUAACGAAAACAUGUGCAGCGGCUGUUAGAAGCGUGCGGCGACAAUUCGGGCCAGCGGAAACGUGCAGCUGAUAUACAUAUUAUUCAGACCACCCACUUGCCACCCAACACCACCACCCCUUCUUCACCCCCUUUGCACCUGUAAAAAACAGGUGACUAAUGCACUGUUCGCGAAGUUUGUCAGCUGCUGGCGCCGUGGAAGCAACAACAACAACACUAACGUCAUCCACAUCGGCAACAACAACAGCUUUCUACAAGGCAGCGACGUCGGCGUCGGCAGCGGCCUCAGUCUGCACAACACCAAUAACAAAAUCAAAAACUAAAACUAUGGCCACCACAACAACAACAACAACGACGGCGGCAACAAAUGCUAAAGAUGGCGUCACAAUGCGCGAGAAAAAGGGAGGAGCCCUACAAAAGCUCAAGAAGAGGCUUUCCCACAGUUUUGGCAGAUUAACGAUUUCCCGCGAAGAUGGCGACGAGUCGACGCACCAUCAUCACCACCACCACCACCAUCGCGGUGGACACGGUGGGCACCACAACCACGGUAACAAAGUUCCAUACAACGGCUACAAUUCGGAGGAAUACUUGGACCGACUAGAACCGAAUGGCAAUAUACCCGCUGACAAGACAAAUUGCAGAUAUGGAGCACAAGAGUCUGCGAAAAAUGAUAAUAACAAACCACAAGACUGGCGCAGCACGGACAGCACCGACCAUCAUGAUCGCGUCCAGAGACAGCUUUCCGUGUCCUCCGACAGCAAAUUGCUGGACGAGGACAUCCGCGAGGAGAUGAAGUACCAUUCGCACGUGGUCAUGCGUCCCAAGAAGCCGCCCAGACCCAAGUCCGAGGUCUUUCUGAACAAGCAGGAAACGCAUCCGCGACGCAAACGAUUCAGUGCAUUUGGUGGCGACUCCCCAUUUGGCAAGCAGGAGGCCUAUGUAAAACUCGAACCGCUGGGCGAAGGGUCCUAUGCGACGGUCUACAAAGGAUUUAGCAAAUUAACCUACCAGCGGGUGGCGCUGAAGGAGAUUCGCCUGCAGGAGGAGGAGGGAGCUCCGUUCACCGCGAUUCGAGAGGCCUCGCUGCUGAAAGAACUGAAACACAGCAACAUCGUCACGCUGCACGACAUCGUCCACACGCGCGAGACGCUGACCUUUGUCUUUGAAUAUGUGAAUACGGAUCUGUCGCAAUACAUGGAGAAGCAUCCGGGCGGCCUGGACCAUCGCAACGUUCGCCUGUUCCUCUUCCAGCUGCUCCGUGGACUCUCCUACUGCCACAAGCGGCGUGUCCUCCAUCGGGAUGUCAAGCCGCAGAACCUGCUCAUCAGCGACUGCGGCGAACUGAAGUUGGCUGACUUUGGACUGGCCAGGGCCAAGAGCGUGCCCAGCCACACCUACUCCCACGAGGUGGUCACGUUAUGGUACCGCCCUCCAGAUGUCCUGCUGGGCAGCACCGAGUACUCGACCUCGCUGGACAUGUGGGGCGUGGGCUGCAUCUUCGUGGAGAUGGUGACCGGGAUGCCGACGUUUCCGGGGAUACGUGAUACCUACGAUCAGCUGGACAAGAUAUUCAAAUUGCUGGGCACGCCCACCGAGGACACGUGGGCGGGGGUCACCCACUUUCCCGGCUACAAGCCGCACAAGCUGGGUUUCUAUCGACCACGGAAACUGGGUCACAACUUCCCACGGCUGUACGACAUCAUCGAGGGCGAGACGAUAGCGAACGGCUUCCUGCAACUGAAUCCGGAGCAGCGUUUGGGCGCCGAUGAUGCACUGCAGCAUCCGUACUUUGCGCAGUUGCCAAAGAAACUCUACGAAUUGCCAGACGAAACCUCAAUUUUCACCGUGGAAGGCGUGCAGCUUUAUACGGAGCCAAAUCGACAGAAUAAAUGAAAAUUAAAGCAAGUCCUCUCCGUGGAUGGCGUACGUUUCUACUGUUAGGAUCCCAGUCCUCAACACCAAUCACCCAAUCACACCAUCCUCCUGGACCCUCAAUCUGUCAAUCAAUCAAUCAAUCUAUAUCGCAUCAUCCAGCAAUCGACAGCCAUAUAUAAUGCAAGAAGCAGCAGAAGGAACUUCUCGCGCGCGCAGAAGUUUUGUACUAUAAUUCUAUGAUACUUUUUAGUUAUUAGUUCGAUUUCGCAGUGAGUUUAGCCGAGGGAGUUUAGCAGAAGACACACAGAACCUAUAACGGCGGCAUUUUAUUUUCAGUCAAAUUGCUUAAAGUUAGUUUAGAUUUCUCGCCAUCCUGCAGCCGCGUCGAAAAGGAUACUCAGUUUAGUCAAAGCGCAGACAUGUUUUUCUGUAUUCUUUUUUAAGCUAAAAAAAAUUUAACAUUUAAAGGUAGCUUUUAGUGAGUGGAUUGCCUCUGCGGAUUACGCAAUAUUUUCGUUUGCAACGAGUGAGAGAUAAUCAUCAUCAUGUCUGCAUUAUAUAAUAGCAAUCGUGUGUAUUUCGUGUCCAUUCUUUUUCUUUAGUUUUAGUCGAUAUUUUCAACGCGAAUGUUCGGCUGACGAGUGUGUAUUUAAAUUGCCAAUAAAAAUGUUCGAUUGGUUAACUGCUUUAAUAGAGUGCAAUUAAUACAAAUUAAUGGAUUGGCGGUAAUGCGCCUAAAAAAAAUGAAUCAAUUAAUCAACAAAAAGUGCUCAAAAAACGUACGAUUAUUUUCAAGCAAUUAUACAAAUUUAAAAUUAUAUUAUAUUUUCAAAUUCAGAGAUGCACAGUCAACGUUCAAGGAAUCAAAAUUAUUUUUAUAGUGUUUAUUUCCGCUCACGGCUCUUUUAACUGUAUGAUUUGUAUGAUUUUGUAACGCUUCCUUUGUCAUUAUGAAAUACAUAAAAUUCACCGCGCUGUUUAAGUGAUAAUUUUAUACCUAUUAAAUGAAUUUAUGUAAAAAGCAAGUAAAUCAAUCUUAAAAGAUAUGUAAAACAAAUAAAUUUAAACCAUUUAUACCAUUUAUGUUUCCUAUGUUUAUUAUUUAAAUUUUCAGUUGUUUUCACAGUGAUUUGCUGCCGCGUGGAUGAUGAUUAAAUUCCUAGAAACAUUUAGUCAAAAGAAAAAAAGAAGGUCGGGAGGGAGGCUGGCGGAUCAUAAAUCAUAACAUUUUCGAUGCAAACUUAAGCGAAUAGAUAAACAAUUAAACUAGCAAAGAACGCAAAAUAGUAGAAUCAAAUUUUUAGCAAUCAACCAAAAGUAAAUUCGAGAUAAAAUAGCCAUCAACUAAACACUAAAGUAACCUAACCAAGUAUUUUACAUAGAGUUCGUAGCGAGAAGAAUCGAAACCAAGCCCAAUCCAUUUCCAUAAUCUAAGAAACGUAACGUAUUUGGCCAAAACGAGAGGACGCCCGCCAUCUCCGGGUUCCACAAACAUUCAAGAGAAGUUCAAAUGAGAGCUAACAAAUGUGCAAAUUGAAAUCAAAGACACUUGACAUGGUUUUGAAACAAGUAAAUGAAUCAAAAACGAUUUGAGUAGAGCAAACUAAAGCGUAGAACAAAAUAUAUUAUGAAUAUCGUAUAAAUCUAUGAGAGCGACGAGCCAAUUUGAGUUGUAGGCAAUCAAAUUGCUAAGAUUCUCUGAUUAAGACACGAUUCUAAGGAGAUAUCAAGCCCUUAAAGUUAGUUGGUAAUCCAAAAUAACUCGAUUAGGGCCACGUUUUAAUAGCGUUCUACAACCAGAUUAUAUUUUGUAGCAAAGGGUAAAGGUCAAAUUUAAACAAAGGCAAAACCAAAACCAAAUAUUUCAAAUGAAUAAACUUUUUCUGUGAUUUAUGAAAAAAGUAUGCAAAAAAGAAAAACACACACACUAAAAUACACACUGCUUCAAGGUAAGCACAACAAGAAGUAAACAAAACUCUUAAUAAAGAUAAAGAAUUAGGCACUUUAGAGAAGCAAAAUGUAGAAGCUGAACCAGCGAAAUUGUUUAGAAUUAUUUGCUAGCCAAGAUAAAAAGUACAUUAAACCGAAACAAAAUUUUGCACGCACUCAAAAUUUAGCAAGGAGGAUGUUUACACAUUCUCCAAAGUAUUUUCAGUUUUCUGCGAAUUUUACCCAAUUAAGUAUAGGAUCGCGAAACAAAAGGUAACGAAGCAUGGCAACGCACUUUUGCACUUUUCCCAUCCCGAAGGUUACGUCCAUAGUUUAUAAGCCAAUGAGCCAAUGGAACAAAUCGAAUCGAAUCGAACGAAAUUAGCGAAGAUUGAACUGGUUUUCGUUUUCGUUUGCGUUUCCGUUAAAUGCAAUUUUAUCAGAUACAAGCUGAAAUGAUUUUUCGAGGCAUUUUCCAAAAUAAAACAAAUCUAAUUGAUUAUUUUGCACAACAUUCGAGAGAAGAGCAAAGCAAACAAAAGAUAUUGGAGAAAACUAAGCUAAUCCCUAACGUAAUCGAAACGAGUAAAUAAACUAAGAAUGUUUUUAGCGGAACGUAUUCUAUAUAUAUAUUAGCUAAGCGGCAGGGUAAUCCCUCCCUCGGAACCCUGGGGAACGAAAGGUAAAAGAAAAACACUUUAAUGGAGGGCUGGAACGAUAUGAAACUUAAAUAUUUUUAAUGCAUUGAAUUUGUCGUAAAUAUUUAAUGUACCUUUGUUAAAAACAAAAUAAAUCUAUUAACACAAAUUACGAACUCUCGAUGCAGUUAGGCGAUAGUUUAGAUGGAGCAUGCAAUUUUUAUGUUUACCUCGUAAGCAUUUUUGUAUAGUUAAACGAAAAGUGGGUGAAGCGCCCUUAAAAGCCCCAAAAAAAAAAACCAGAUGAACGAUGAAUUUUGUAAAUAUUUGUAGUUGAUUUCUAAGUAGCGAAAGACGAA